AUGAGCAACCCCGUUGCCAUCAUCACCGGUGCCUCUUCCGGGAUCGGCCUCGGCCUGACGCAGCACCUGCUCUCCAAGUCCUGGGACGUCGUGCUGCUGGACCUCAACCCGCCGCCCGCCAGCGCCUCGCUGCCGGCAGACCGGCACCUCUUCAUCCGCACCGACGUCUCUUCGUGGCUGAGCCAAUCCGCAGCCUUCGCCCGUGCCCACGCCUGGCGGCAGCGCCUCGACUUCGCCGCGCUAAACGCCGGCAUCGACGACCGCGACACCAUCUUCCCCGCUCUCCCCUCCUCCAUCACGGCCUCCUCCCCUCCCCCCACCGAGCCCGACACCACCACCUUCGCCGUCAACCUCCUCGGCGUCUACGGCGGCAUCAAGCUCUUCGCCCACUACGCCUCCAUCCCUCUCCCCAGCACCAACAACCACCCUCGACCCACCCCCACCAUCAUCGUCACUUCCUCCGCCGCCGGCCUCUACCCGCUGCCCGCCGUGCCGCAGUACACAGCGACCAAGCACGCGCUGGUGGGCUUGGUCCGCGCGCUGGCCCCCGGCGCGGCCGAGCGCGGCUUCGCCAUCAACGCCAUCUGCCCGGACAUGGUGCCGAGCAACCUGGCGCCACCGGGCCUGAUGGAGGCGUAUCCGGAGUCGGGCAAGACGCCGAUGGCGACGAUGAUGCGGGCGUUCGACGAGCUGUUGGGGUUGAGUGCUGGUGCUGGUGCUGGUGCCGGUGAUGAGGGGUUGAGUGGUGUGUUGGCCGCCAUGCGGCCGCAGAACGGCAAGGUCGUCGAGGCGGUCGUGCGAGACGUGCUGUACCGCGACCCUCCGCAGCCGAAUGCGAAACAGGGCUCCGUCGGGCCCGAGGUCGCGGCGCUGUGGGAUCGCGUGUAUCGCGAGAGGAAUAUCAGGUUUGCGCGGCUGGCGGAGGAGAGGGCGAGGAAGAGGAUGGCGGAAGCGGGGGAGGGGCGGGGCGGUGGUAGGGAGAGUAAGUUGUAA